AUGAUACGUUCCUCCGGCGUCGCGCUGAGGUCAUGCGCAGUUCUGGUGAUUGUGAUUGUUUCACUUCAUCUCCUGUGGUUCAAUCUGCCAAAUGACUACAAGAGUGCAUUCCAACUCGAUACACCGACACCGACACCGACACCGACUCCUGAACAGAAAGAAAACGAUGACGAUGUCGAGUAUCCAAACGAACCGUUAGCGAAGCAAAUAAAAGCAUCCGAGCUACUCUCUCGCCCGCCGACCUACACAAAUGGCCGGAUACCUAAAAUCUUCCACCAAAGUUGGGUAUCCUUACAGCUGCCUAGAAAAUUCCAGUCGUGGAGUCGGUCAUGUCGCCGGAACCACCCCGAUUGGGAAUGGGUAAUAUGGACUGAUGACGACAACCUUCAACUUGUCCAAAGGCAUUUCCCAUGGUUGGAACACACCUACCGGGGACUACCUAGUGAAAUUUACCGUGCCGACUUGGCGCGAUAUCUCUACAUGUAUAUCUACGGAGGUGUCUACGCCGAUCUGGAUACGGAAUGUCUCCGAUCAACCGAAGCUCUCCAACCGACCUACGGACAGCUUUUUCAAGAGUCUGAAGGAAAGAACAAUACAGCGAUGUUCGGUCGCAUGGGUACGGACCCCAGUUUCGAGCACUCUAUUCCAAACGCCUGGAUGGCGGCGUCUCCCGGCCAUCCAUUUUUCCUAGUCAUAAUGAACGAGGUCAAGCAGAGGUAUAAGAUGAUUGAGAACAAAUGGAGAUGGACGAGAGUGAAGCCCGCAGAGACUAUAACUGGGCCGGUGGCGCUGCGCGCUGCUAUCACGGAAUACGAGGCGGAUAAAGAGGCUAUGAAGGAUGCUGUGAGGGAGCACGCUACGAGCGUUGAGUUUGAAGGUGAGAAAAGCAAGGAUGACGAGGUGGUGUUGCUGCCUGGUCAUGUUGUCUAUCCAUAUAGUUGGGGGUCGGAUGGUGAACACGUUCGCAACGUGUGUUGGGUGGUGUCGAAUAGCUUCAAUGCGAAGGUGUGCAAGAAGAGACUGGCUGUAGAAAAGGAUGGUAGUAUAGCCAUUACGUACUGGAGUCAUACUCAUUCUCCUAGUGGUCAUAACGAGGGUAAUAUGAAACACAUAGAAUAG